AUGAAAGAUCAAAAAGCUCUGCUUAGGAAUCAGCAAGCAUCUAUUCUCAACAUAGAAAAGCAGUUAGGGCAACUUGUACGACAAGUGAAUGAGAGAAGGCCGGGUGGACUUCCGAGCAAUACCGAAAGUAACCCGAAAGGCGCACAUAUAAACAUUGUCACAACUAGGAGUGGGAAGAUUAUAACCCCUCUGGCUUCUAUUCAGAAUGAAGAUCCGAAGCCGGUACAAGAGAAGGAGGCAGAAGGGCAGAAUAAAGAUCAGACCCAGCUGAUCCCAGACUCUACUCGCCGAGUCCACAAUAUGGACUCGACGAGUUCGACACCUGAUCAGAAAAAUAAACCUCCUGUUAAGCCACAUCAGCCUCCACUGCCAUACCCAACCCGAGCCAGGCAAGAAAAGAAUGAAGAAGACUACCAGAAGUUUCUAGAACAUAUAAAGGUUCUUCAAAUUAAUAUACCAUUCAUAGAACCGGUUGCUCAAUUGCCAAAAUACGCCAGAUUUCUCAAGGAGCUUCUAACUAAUAGAAGGAUGAUGGAAGAAGUGAAGAAGGUGGUCCUCAACGAGAACUGUUCAGUUGCUAUGUUGAACAAACUUCCUAAGAAGAAUGGAGAACCGGGAAGUUUAACAUUUCCCUCCCAAUUUGAAAACUUGGCUACCAUCUAUGCACUAGCUGAUUCAGGGGAAAUUGUAAAUCUCAUGCCUUACUCGUUUUUCAAAAAGUUAGAUCUCCCCGAGCCAAGACCCAUUCAUAUGUCAAUACACCUAGCAAACAAGACGAUUACAUUUCCUAGGGGAAUUUGUGAAGAUCUUUUGGUGAAAGUGGACAAGUUUGUGUUCCCCGUGGACUUUAUAGUUUUAGACAUGGAAGCGGAUCCUCACGUCCCAAUCAUAUUAGGAAGACCUUUUCUUAAUACAGCAAGUGAUAUCAUCGACAUGCGAGAUUCUAAACUUACCCUUCGGGUAAGAGAUGAAUCAGUCGCUUUCGGAGUUGAUCAAGCCAUGAAGCAUGCAAGGAGUAGUGAUGACACGACAUUUUCGAUUGACAUGUUGGAAGAAUUAUUGGAAGAUUGGAAAGAAGAAAAACCAAGCAAGUCCACCGUCUCAUUUGAAGAAGGGUUUGAUGCUGAAAGGGACCUGAUGGAAUUAGAAAGACUGCUCGAGGAAGCUGAGUAUAACGAUUUGAUCAGAAAUGAAGGAAUUGUGCUAGGACAUAAGGUCUCAAGGAUGGCGAUAGAGGUGGAUAAAGCAAAGGUGCACACUAUAGCCAAAUUGCCACCGCCAACAAAUGUCAAGGGGGUAAGAAGCUUUUUAGGCCAUUCGGGGUUUUAUAGGCGCUGUAUAAAAGACUUUUCGAAGAUCACAAGACCCUUGACUCAAUUACUUUUGAAGGAUGCCCCAUUCAAUUUUUCUAAAGAAUGUCUUGAAGCAUUUAAUUUGUUGAAGAAAAAGUUAACUACUUCACCUAUUAUGGUAGCUCCAAAUUGGAGUCUCCCUUUUAAGCUAAUGUGUGAUGCUAGUGACUUUGCGGUGGGAGGUGUUUUGGGACAAAGAAUUGAGAAGCAUUUUCAGCCAAUCUAUUAUGCAUGCAAGACAUUGAAUCUGACUCAAGAGAACUACACUACUAUCGAGAAGGAGCUGUUAGCAGUGGUAUAUGCUUUUGACAAGUUCCGGUCAUACUUAGUUUUAUCCAAGACAAUCGUUUUUACCGAUCACUCCUCAUUGAAGUAUCUAUUUGCCAAACAAGAUGCAAAUCCUAGAUUGAUACAUUGGGUUCUACUUCUACAAGAGUUUGAUAUCGAAAUACACGAUAAAAAGGGGAUGGAAAACGUAGUUGCCGAUCAUUUAUCAAGACUAGAGAACCCAGUUUUGGAGAAGUUAGAAGAAGAUAAAAUUGGGGAUGAUUUUUCCGAUGCGUAUGUCUUGGUAGUCGCGGGACAAGUUCCAUGGUUUGCAGAUAUCGCAAAUUAUUUAGCAACCAAAUAG